CGGUUGGAGGUUGCCCUCCAGGGAGGGGCCGUGUGCUUGGAGCUUCAUGGAACCCGCCCGUCUGUCGCGACUGCUAGCGGCCGCCGCAUCGCUUUCGGCCGCCACAUGCGAUCCGGAUAGCAGCAACGAGGCGCCUCUUAGCGCUGUCGGGUGGCACGGCGCCAUCGUCGCUGCCUGCCUGCUUGUCGGUGUGCUGACCUUCUUCGGCGCUGGCACUGGUACAGCUUCAACUCCGCAGCACAAAGGCCUUGCGGAGGAACGCUACUUCCAGAAGCUGCUCGAGCCGGACGACGAGAGCAAGUUUUCAGGCAAAGGCGACGGCUUCUCAUGGAGUCAGACUGUGUCCGAGGUUGUGGUUGAGGUGCCGCUUCCGGCCGGCGCGAGGGCAAGAGACGUGGCGUGCCGCGUGCUGCCGGCCUCGCUUUCGCUUGCGGUGUGCGGCCAGGCUGUGCUGCAGGGAUCGUUGCUGCGGAAGGUGCUGCCUGACGACUCGGAUUGGGUGCUCGAGGAUGCGCCCGGGCAGGGGGAGGGGAGGCUGCUGCGCCUCACGCUGGUGAAGAGGUCGCCCACUGCGGGGCUGCAGCACUGGACUAGCGUGCUCGCAGGUGCGUCGAGCGGGUAGACUAGCCCAUGUGCACACCUGUAUCAUGUUAUUUCUUUUUCCUUCGCGCAGAGAGAUC